AUGCGGUCAUUUUUGAAAGGACACGACAAAAAGUCACACUCUCAUCACAAUGAGCAGGAGAACUACGACAAUAUUGACGAUGUCGACGAGGUUGACGACGGCAACCGCAACAUCAUUCUUGCUAUCAUCACCCAGCUGCGGCCGGGUGCAGAUUUGUCGCGUAUCACCCUGCCUACGUUCAUUCUGGAGCGCAAGUCCAUGCUAGAGCGCAUCACAAACCUUAUGCAGCAUCCCCAGGAGCUUAUCCGGGCCGCAGAGGCCUCAACUCCAGAGGCCCGCUUCGUGGAGGUGGUGCGCUGGUACAUGGCUGGCUGGCACAUCGCCCCCAAGGCAGUGAAGAAACCUCUUAAUCCCAUUCUUGGUGAGUACUUCAGCUGCUGGUGGGAUUUGGAGGACGGAACUCAGGCCUACUACGUUGCCGAACAGACAAGCCACCACCCCCCUAAGAGUUCUUACUUUUACAUUAUCCCCGAGCAUGGCAUUCGCGCGGAUGGUUUGUUACUACCUUACAGCCGCUUCUUGGGUAACUCUGCCGCCUCAAUUAUGGAGGGUAUCGGCUAUCUGAUGUUUGAGAACCACGAUGAGGCUUACUCGAUCACACAGCCCAACAUUUACGCUCGGAACAUCCUGCUGGGCUCGCUCAAGUUGGAAAUGGGUGACCACGCUAUCGUUGAGUGCAAAAAAACCGGCAUGAAGCUUGAUAUCGAGUUUAAGGUCAAGGGGUUCAUUUCGGGAACUUGGCAUGCCGUCGAGGGCACUAUUACGAAAAACGGUCAGACGCUUUAUGAGAUUACGGGUAAAUGGAACGAAGUUUUGAACAUUAAGGACCUCCGUACAGGCAAAUCAGAAGUCUUUUUCGACGCAACAAAGGACCGAGGUGUCCCGCCCAAGGUCCGACCCAUCUCAGAACAGGGUGAACAUGAGAGUCGCAGACUAUGGCGCCAUGUCACUGAUGCUUUGGGAAAUCGCGACCAUAAUACUGCUACUACUGAAAAGGCCAAGAUUGAAGACGAGCAGCGUGCAUUACGGUCUGAGCGGUCCCACGGCAUCAUUCCCGAGCACCACGAUCGUCUUUUCAAACCUAUAGACGGCAACCUACAAUACAUCAUUGGCAUAGACGAGCUUCUCAAAAAGACCCCUCCAGAGAAACGUGGUGAGCUGCUCAGAAAAUAUGUCCCCAUUCUUCCCGGCGACAAAUUCCCCGAAGACUUUUCAAAACCUGUUUCUGAGAAGGUGGCUAAUCUGGCGAGCGGUUCGACCUCAAGUGAGCCGGCUGAGGAUGAUGAGUUUGUCGAUGCUGAGGAAACAAUUUAA